AUGUGUGUUUCCCUGACGCCCAGCCAGUUUGUCCUCUCGCACUUUAAGACGAUCAAGGCCAGCAACCCCAAGCUGCCUUUCCUCGUGCGCGAGGCCCAGAACACGCCCGCGCGCAUGUUUGUGCGUCUCGAGCGUGGUCUCGAGAAGAAGGCUGAGCUCGACGGCCUCGAGGCCUCGGCUAUCGAGAAGAAGCUCACCGAGCUCCUCUCGAACUAA